AUGGCUAGCCCCGCGCCCUUAGUGGCCUCCAUCAGCCACCAAAUGGUGGCUCUGCACACCCUGCAGCUGCUGCAGCAGGAGUGGGGCUGGGGGGACGGUCCGGGCGCCCCUGGGAGCCCGCGCGACCUGAAUCACGUAUCCGCCUCCCCAGAGCGUCGCUCAGGCUCGCGGCUGGUCCGGCCCGGGCAGGGGCGCAAGGAGGAGGGCGGGGGCAAGGGGGUCAGGAAUAUGGGGUCCGGGGCGCAGGCGAGCUCUCCACGGGUGGAAGUGGUGCGGGGCGCCAAGGGGGGCGCGGAGCUGCUGCCCUUUCCCCGGGGCCGCGGGCCCUGCACCCUUGCCCGGACUGCGAUGCGCAGCGCGCUGGCCCGCGUGGUGGACUCGACUUCGGAGCUGGUAAGCGUGGAGCAGACGCUGUUGGGCCCCCUCCAGCAGGAGCGGUCCUUCCCCGUCCACCUGAAGGACAGUGUUGAGUUUAGAAACAUCUGCAGUCACUUGGCUCUACAAAUUGAAGGACAGCAGUUCGACAGAGAUUUGAACGCUGCCCACCAAUGUUUGAAGACGAUAGUCAAGAAGCUGAUGCAGUCACUUGCUAAUCUUCCUUCAGAUGCCCACGUGGUAGCCUGUACUUCCUUGAGACAGAUUUUACAGGAUCUCCCAGACAUAUGA